ACUUUCUUUGAUUUUUGCUUUGUGAUUGCAAAAAGGAAGAAAUUUUUGAAACUUCAAUUCACCCAUCUCUUGGAGUGCAUUGAGUCAACAAUUGGUAUCAGAGCAAGGGUUCAAAUCAAGAAGGCUUAACAACCUUGGAGUGGUUAGGAUGACUCAUUUUCAAGUUUACCCCACCAUGGAAGGUUUGCCUACUACCAAGAGUCCUUUCUUUAAUGGUACAAACUAUAAUUAUUAGAAGAAUAGAAUGAGAGUCUUCAUGCUUGCUAGUGAGCCAAAAGCUUGGCUUGUCACUAUGAAUGGACCAUAUGUUCUUAUAAAGAACGUUGGAGAAAUUGAAAUGCAUAAAAGUGAAUAUGAAUGGGAAAAUGAUGACUUGGAGAAGAUCAAGAUCAACAACAAGGCCAUCAACAUGCUUCAAUGUGCUCUCAAUCUAAUGGAAUUCAAUAGAACCUUUGGAUGUGAAAUAGCUAAGGAGAUUUGGGACAUGUUGGAGACUACUCAUGAAGGCAACAACCAAGUGAAGGAAUCCAAAAUCAAUAGAUUCAUUCACAUGUAUAAACUUUUCAAGAUGAAACCGACUGAAUGCAUUGCCGACAUGUAUGCAAGGUUCAAUAAAACCAUCACCAACCUUAAAGCUUUUAGGAAGGCAUAUUUAACAAGUGAAUUGGUGAGUAAAGUUCUUAGAUGUCUACCAAAGAGUUGGGAAGCAAAGAAGACGGCCAUUGAAGAAGCCAAGGAUCUCAACUUAUUAAACCUUGAUGAGCUUAUUAGGUCUUUGAUGACUCAUGAGAUUGAUUUGAUAGGUGAUGAAAAAGUUGUUAAGAGAACAAAGAAUCUAGCUUUCAAAGCCAAUGAAAGUGAUGAUGAGUCUAAUAAUGAAGAGGAUAUCACUAAAUUGGUUUCAAGGAAAGUGAAGAAAUAUAUGAGGAAGAGCCUCAAAAGGAAAUCCUCUAAAAGAAAUGAGGAAAUUCACUACUUUAGAAGAAGAGUAUGUAGUGAUGAUAAUGAUAAAGAAAAGCCAAGCAAGAAGCAUAUCAAAUGCUAUGAGUGCAUUGAGAUGGGAUACUAUAGAGAUGAAUGCCUCAAAUUGAAGAAAGGUAAGAAAAAGAAAGCAUUUGUUGCCACAUAAAGGAAUGAUGAAUGUAGCUCAUCCAGGAAUGAAGGCUCCUUGGAAGAUGAUGUGGCCAAUCCUUACUUUGUAGCUCAAGGGGAUAGCUUCUUUGGUGAAAAGGUAAACUCUAACCCUUCAAGUUCAUUAUAAUAGCUCUUAUGAUUAUUCUUAUGAUGAGUUGCAUAGAGUAUUUGAUUUCUACAUUAAUGAUAUUAAGAGACUAGGGAAUGAGCAUCUUAUUCUUAUUAAAUGUAUUUCUUUACU